AUGGGGAACCUGAUGGCAAUGAAGGCCGAGGAAGUGAAGUUGAAGAAGAAAAGGUGGGAAAAGGAUGUGAUGAUCGAACAACGCAAGCUAGACAUCGAGGAGCGGCGUCUACAAUGGGAGCAAGAGCAGAAGAUCAUGUUCUGUGACAUGAGCAACAUGGACGAGCAUCAAAAAGCUUACCUGAUGGCCAAGAGAGCUCAGUUCGCUAAGGCAGCGAGUGCUAGUGUAGGUGACACUGCUAGUGUGUUCAACUUUGUUUCAGAAAAUGUAUUGUCAUUACAAUCUGAAUCUGCAUUAUUGAAUCUGUUCAUAUGCUUGGGGGUGAAGCGAGGCUGGAGUUUGCGUAUGCAGAGAUUAAUGGUGCAGGAUGGCUGCUUUGUGGAGUGGAGGGACAUGGUAGCUGAUGCAGCUAGAAAAGGCUUUGCUGGUGAGGUUAGCCUCCAAUGGAAUUCAUAUAAAAUCUUGACUGACCAAAUGCAGCAAGAGUGGUUGGGGUAUCUCCAAAAAAGGAGAUCAAUGCCAAGGCCAAGAGGUAACAGACAAGCACCAAAAACUCCUGAACUGCUGCUUAAAUUCUUUACUGCAAGAUCACUGAUUGCAGAAGCAGAAAAGGCUGCUGAUGCCCUGGAAACUGCUGCAGCAAUGAGCCCUUUUGCUCAAGCAUCACUUAUAGAAGCUAGAAAGCUUGUUACAGAGGCAAGAGUAUCACUUGAAUGUGUUGAUCAUCAAGGGUCUCCAGAAAAUGCUUCUGAUGAUAUUUCAGAGGACUCAGGUUUAUUGGACCCUGAUGAUAAAAUUUCCCCCAAGCAAUGGUAAAGGCAUUGGUUUC